AAGACAGAGAGAGAGAAAGAGAGAGAGAGAGAAAGGCAGACAGACGUAAACAAAAGAGAGACACCCAUUUGUAUUAUUAGUAGUACAAUUCUCAUAGUGUUUUUGUAAGUGCCACAUGGAGAGUACAGAAUGAGUGUCUGGGAUGAGUGCCAUGAUGGAGCCACCCCUCUGCCUCAACCACCCCUCCAGUGCCAGCAUCAGCCCAGUGCCACCCUCCACCAGGAUAGACUCAACAGAUGAGGACACAAUCGCCAGACUCCUCGACGCCGUGCCGCAGCUGGACUCUUUAUUUAACGUGAGUCGGUGCAUUGGCCACGGGACCUUCAGCUCGGUGUACCUUGCCCGCAUCAAGCACACCACCACCAUCAAUGGCCGCCGACACUUUGCCAUCAAGCACAUCAUCCCCACGUCACAUCCCCUGCGUGUCUGUAUGGAGCUCAAGUGCCUCAAGAUGAUCGGGGGGCAGGACAAUGUUAUGGGCAUCACCAUGUGCUUCCGUCAGAUGAACCAUGUCGUGCUGGUCAUGCCUCACUUCCCACACAACCCUUUCUCGGAGUACGUUGGUUCGAUGGGUGUCCAGGAGCUGCGGGAGUACCUCAUUAACCUGCUGUGUGCCCUGAGGCGAGUGCACAGCUUCAGGAUCAUCCACAGGGACGUCAAGCCUGCAAACUUCCUCUACAACCGACGCUACCGCAGGUACUCGCUAGUGGACUUUGGAUUAGCUCAAGAGAUGCCCCAGAGUGUGAUGAGUGGCGGGGCUGUGGGGCAGGGGGUGUGUCAGGGAGCCAGCUUGAAGACCUCCCCCGCUGUGAUGGAUACGCCUCACCACCUCUCCUCCUCCAAGACUGUCAAGAGGAAGCUUAGUGAUGAAGGCGGUGAGAGAGCAGAGGAGCAGCAGGACAAGAGGCAGUGUGUGGCCGCCUUUCCCUCCCCCAAGGUGGCCGGCAUUCUCUCCAGCACCACCAGCCGUCUUAACACUGCUCUCCGUCGCUCUCCCCGGAAGAAGUGCGUCUCCCACACAUCGCCGAGGAAGGAAAACUUUGAAACACCCACCAGAGACUUCCCGGUGACCCCCAAGAAGGCUGCAGCAUGUGACUCAGAGGACUCGCCCGGCAAACACAAGAGCUGCCCGACGGUGGAGCAGAAUCGCAGAACAGACUCCGUGGUGGCUGUCGGAGCAGCCACCCAGAGGAGCCUGACGGGGGCCCUGCAGCUGCGCCUCGACAUCAACAAUGGGCUGCGCAGGUCCCCAAGGAAGCUGGCGUCCUCUUUGUGUCGCCGCGCUGCCACACCACUGGAGGGCCUGGCCAAGCACCUCCAUGAUGCUUCCACCCCGCAAAGGAAGGCAGAGAGCAGUGGUGUAGCAGCUGCCCACACCCCCACCACCACCACCAUUGCCACCACCACCCCGAAAGUGUCUGGUCUCUCUACGCCUGAUGUGCAGGGGAACAAGGCUGCCAAGGGUGGGAGAGUGCUGAUAGAGGUACAGAGUAGCUCGGGAAACAUGCUGAGACCGGUUUCCUGUCACUGUUAUGGGAGUGCUAAGGUGUGCAGUGUGUGUCUGUCCAGGAGCAACCAGGUGGCACCCAGGGCUGGCACUCCUGGUUUUAGAGCGCCGGAGGUUCUGCUGAGGCACCCCAAUCAGGACACAGGGGUGGACAUGUGGUCGAUAGGCGUGGUGCUGCUGAGUCUGCUGAGUGGCCGCUACCCGUUCUUCCGUGCCGCUGACGACCUCUCCAACCUGGCGGAGAUCACAACUUUGGGCACAGCUGCUGUGAGGAGAGCCGCAGCCAAGAUGGGGAAGCUGAUUAAGUGUAGUGAGGAACGCCAACCGCUGGACCUCAUGAAAGUGUGCCAGGUCCUCCACAGCAGCAGAGGGCCGGCACCAGAGGGAGAGCAGUGCCUAGGGUGCCGGCAGCGAGGGGUGUGUCUGCCUGGUCCCCCCAACCUCCAACUCCCCAAGGCCACCCAAGAAAAGGUCGCAGUUACAGAAGUCCCUCACCACACCCCCAGCUCAUUGGGGGUCAUAUGGUCCCUAACACCUCCUCUUCUUCCCUCCUCCUCCUCCUCCUCUUCCGCCUCCUCCUCUUCAUCAGGUCUCUACCCACAGGAGGCUUACCAUUUGCUCUCCCGACUUCUCGAUCCUUCACCCGACACUCGGAUUACUGCUGCCGAGGCGCUCACUCACCCGUUUCUGAAUCCCUGACCCUGAGAGAGAGAGAGAGAGAGAUCAUUUACCUAAUAUUUUCAAAACAAACUUUAAAAAAUGACAACAAAAUGAAGGAAAAAAAUAGGUGUGAGCGAGAACGAGAGAGAGAGAGAGAGAGAGAGAGAGAGAGAGAGAGAGGCAGGAUAGAUAGAAGAGGAGAGGAAGUGUGUUUUUGAUAGGGAAGGCAGAGAGAGGAAUGAAGUGUGAUGGAAGGACACAACAGAGAUGAAUGGGAAGGGAUGAGAGAGAGAGAGAGAGAGAAUAAAAGAUAAGAGAUACGAAGAGAUAAUUAACUAGUUCUGCAUAUCAUCUCAUGAGAGACAGAACUGAAAUAGAGGGAAAAAAAAAACAUUUGUAUUUUAAAGUGUAGAUAUGAAAAGAUGAUUUGUUUAAGAUAGUACUAGAGAGAGAGAGAGAGAGAGAGAGAGAGAGUAAAAAGAGA